AUGGCGUUCGACACCUUCCAUCACAACACAGAGCAUGCGCGUUAUUGUUUGUCUGCAAGUGUUGCACGAGUCCGACUUAGCGCAUCCACAUCGAAUGCCACCCGAGUCCAUUCUACUCGCAGGUCCACACCUAGGACGAUCUGCACAUCCGCUACCAGCAAGACAUCGAGCACGCUGGACGCCAGGGCGGAGCCGGACGAGCAACUGAAGAAGGCGAUCCGCGAGCUGUACCGCUCGCGCAUGUACUGUGCGGUGGGAAGGCCAUCGUUCCAGCCAGCGUUGCUCGAGCUUUUGUCCUAG